GGAUGAAGAUUGAAUUCUCUCUUACUUUUCAUUGCAGCGUGGUGGUGAGAGGUUGGAGAUAUACGUUAGUUUGCUGGGUUUGAUUCGAAUUCUUCAAUCAUGGCAACACAAAGAGAAAGAACUUUUAUUAUGGUCAAGCCUGAUGGUGUCCAGCGAGGUAUAAUAGGUGAAAUAAUUCAGCGAUUCGAAAAGAAAGGGUUCAAACUAAUUGGAAUGAAAUUUUUACAGGCUGAUGAAGUACUUUUGAAGAAGCACUAUGAAGAACUAGCAGGUCGCCCUUUUUUCAAUGGUCUUGUUAAAUACAUGCAGAUGGGUCCUGUAGUUGCCAUGGCAUGGGAAGGUCUGAAUGUUGUAAAGACAGGCAGGGAUAUAAUUGGAGCCACUAACCCCAUGGAAUCAAACCCAGGUACCAUUCGUGGUGAUCUCUGCAUCCAAGUUGGAAGGAACAUUAUCCAUGGUAGUGACUCUGUUCCCAGUGCGGAGAGAGAGUUGGCACUUUGGUUUGACUCCAAGGAGCUUGUUUCCUGGAAACAAGAAAUGGAAACUUGGAUCUAUGAAGAAAACUAAAAACUACAGAGAAUACUGUAUUGAAACACAGAAUGUAGGCCAAUUUGUUAACAUUCAAUAGUGAAAUCUUUUUGUUUUACUUGAGAAUCCAGAGAUAGCUUAAAAAAGUUUUUCUAAAGAAAUAUUUGUGCUGUUUUAAGUUAUUAAAUUUCUACUAGCCACAACCUACAGAACAUUUGUGGUAAUUUUAUGCCCUUCA